GUAAUAUGGAAAUCAGAUCACGUCACACAUCAGAAUCUUUCCAGGAUUAAAAGGAUAGGGGAAAUAAACAGAUAAGAUUUGAGAGAGUUGUGUUCAAGCAGUGAAAACAGAGCUACAGAAGAAACAGCAGCCUUCAGAUAUUUAGAUUACAGGUGUGCAGUGCUUCUGACCUGGCCUCAAGCUCAGGCUUACUGCCGAACACAUCACACAGACUUGGCCAGUGCUCUUAACAGUUCAGAUCACAACAUGUUAGUGCAGAUAAAGAAUAUCCAGGGUGAUUCCUGGAUUGGGCUCUACAGAGACACAUGGAAGUGGUCAGAUGGGACCAUUGCUACAUACAUCCCAUGGGCUCCUGGCCAACCUGAUAAUUCUGGAGGAAUUGAGAGUUGUGUAAUACUUUAUAAUGGACAGCUCAGUGAUGCACCCUGCCCCAGCAUGUUCAAUUACUUCUGUCACUCUGUCAUCAUGAGGAGUCAGACAGUGAGACUGCAGGUGAAGUCUGAUGGCAGUGUGUUUGAUCCUGCUGUGCAGUUGUCUAUUUUAGAGCAGAUGAAGCAGAAACUGAAAGAAAAAGGCAUGUUGGAGAACGCUACAGUGACCUGGAGGGUGCAGCCAGAUGGAAACAUCUUCCACAAGAUAAAUGAUGACCUUUAACAUUUAAAUGCUCACCUUCAAGUCAAGCAGGUUUAUUUAACCUACAAUGUUUAAGCUUUAAUCAGGAGGGGGAGUUAGAGGACAAAAUUAACCAGAAGUAGAUGAACACACAAUUUUUUUGCUUUGUUUAUAACACACCCACUUUGACUUUGUCACCAUGGAUUUAAAAUCAGUUUUAAAUGUUCUGUCAAAUAAUGAAUAAAGUCAAAGAGAGUCUGUUCAAAUACUGGGUUUAAUACAUCAGAAUAAUUCCUAUAUAGAAGAUAGAGAAUGUAAUAGAACCUGUAAAUACACUGUGUCUUCUUUGAACAGUUAGAUCUAAUGCACUUGUUACUAUUACUGUCAUUUUCUUUUUCUUUCGAUUUUAAAAUGUUUAAUUAUUUCUUGUGUUUGAUUCUAUUUUCUGUCUUUGUAAGCUAUUGGAAUAUACAUUAAUGUAAUCAAUAAGAAAAUUAAAACAUAAAGAGUCAGAAUUCUGUUAAACUAUUAGUAGGACCUAUCUGAGGAAUAUGUAGACUAGCUGAGCUUCAGAAGUGCUCACUUCAGUUCCCAACAUGUCCACUCUGACUGCUGGACAUUUGUAGCUUUGUCUGGAUCUAAUAAUUAUGGGCUCAACUGUAUGCCAGGAACAUGCAGAACUUUUAGCAGAAGACAUGAAGAUAGUGUGGAAGACUAGACCGUAGGAAGGUUGUGUUGAGAUACUGUGUUGUACUGUAGGGGCCACCUGAGGAAGACAAUGAGUUAUCACUUCAUAAUUAGUUGUAUCUGCACCACCUGUGAAGAACCCAUAAGUCACUCUGGCCUCUGAAACAACUUUGACUUCAAAGUUCUAGAACAUGGAUGAGGGUUCCAUCUGGCUGUCUGUUGUGGGUGUUGCUGGAAGCGAUGUUACAGCUAUUGUCUUUUUAAAACUUCGGGCUCUACUAUAGUUUAUUUCCUGUGCUGGUUUGGCCUUGCCUUGUCUACCUAGCUAACUUCUUAAAUUUCUGGAUUCCUACUCUAGGAAAAAAAAAAAAAAACUGUUCUUACUUCUCUGUAAUCUCUGUAGUGAGUGUUCAGACAUUUUACAUUAGAAAUAUUAUAUAUAAAUAUAUUGGAAAUGAUAAACUUUUAACUUUAAUUGAUGCUAAAUUGUACUAAUAAAAU